UCAGGCCGCGAUCUGCAGCAGUACCAGAGCCAAGCGAAGCAGCUUUUCCGCAAGCUGAACGACCAGUCCCCGACGAGGUGCACCCUGGAGGCAGGAGCCAUGGCUUUCCACUACAUCAUCGAGAAAGGAGUGUGUUACCUGGUCCUGUGUGAAGCUGCAUUCCCCAAGAAACUGGCCUUUGCAUACCUGGAAGACUUGCACUCAGAGUUUGAUGAGCAGCACGGCAAGAAGGUGCCAACGGUCUCCAGGCCCUAUUCCUUCAUUGAAUUUGACACCUACAUCCAAAAAACCAAGAAGCUCUACAUUGACAGCCGGGCGAGGAGGAACCUGGGCUCCAUCAACACAGAGCUGCAAGAUGUGCAGAGGAUUAUGGUGGCCAACAUCGAGGAAGUCUUACAGCGAGGAGAAGCACUUUCAGCUCUUGAUUCCAAGGCCAACAACUUGUCCAGUUUGUCCAAGAAGUACCGUCAGGACGCGAAGUACCUGAACAUGCGUUCCACAUACGCCAAGCUGGCGGCUGUAGCUGUGUUUUUUAUCAUGCUGAUUGUCUAUGUGAGGUUCUGGUGGCUGUGAGCUGGUUCAGUCAUGGAAGAGGGAAAGCCAGUAGCCUGGCAGGUGUAUGUGUGCAGGACACUGUUCAUGGGGGAUGUGCAUUAGAAUCCACACAGGACCAUCACCUUUAUGGGAGCGUCCUGAAAUUGUUUGGUGACACCUGACUACUACAUCUCUUAGUGAAGCCUGGCAAUAGGUGUCGAGGCUUGUUGACUGCAGGCUUUUCCUCUGAGGCAGUUUGCACUAGGGUACUGCAGAGUUUGGCCUCCCACGGUUCUGCCCCACUCCCGGGACACUCUGGGAACAGUCAAUCAGUGCGGUUUAGCAUAAUCACAUUAUACGUCCUCCUGUUGAGUAGCUCUAGUGGGAACUGGACUCUAAUGAACAUUCCUUGUGUUGGUAAUGUUUGCUUUUUUUAGAAUCCGGGUCUGCAGUUACUUUUCUUUCUUUUCUCAAGACAAGACUCCCCUGUUUGAAGGCAAAUACUGCACUGUACAUAAACCAGCUUUCACCUCUGUCAGAAUA